GGCAUUUAGUAAUUGAAGCGGUUGGACGUCUGUGCAGCAAGAUAUAACGCAAAACCAGAUAUCACAAUUCCAGAACAACUAACAAUGUUGAAGGUGCUUUUUAUAUUCACCGCGUUUCUGCUGGCCGUUGUAGUGGCUUCGCAUAAUCAAGAAUUCCAAGGCCACCGCGGCGAUAGGCCACACCACAAACGACAAAUCAUGCAACAUGGCUCACAUCCUGUCGAGCACGAUAAGCAGCACGGUCGGCAGCAUGAAUAUUAUAAGCAUGGAAGAUUGGAAGUCCAGAAGCCUCAUCACCACAAGGGCCGCGAUGCAAAGAAACAUCACAAAUCCUCCCACCAGCAUCAGCAACAUCAUGGCAAAAAGCACCAAAAUGGACAAGUCCAUGAGCGCAAACAUCAUCAGAAACGCCAUACAGGCUCGCUUCUUCGAUUCUAAGCGAAUUACUCAUAUAGCCCUAACUCAAUAAUAAAUCUAUUGUAUUUCCCAAAGUUUAUACAUAAUAUUAAAUAAGUAACAUUUUCGGCGAAAUUUA